UACCAACUGAUGGCGAUUUGUGUUGUGAGCAGAUAGCCGCACUUUAAUAAAUACCAUUACACACACUCUUCAAACUGAGCCAACGAGUACAGAAGAUUGUGUUUUCGCAUCUUGAACCGUUCGUUGAUAGGCCUAAUCACAUCAGCUUUCAUAAGAUCUCAUAGAAGAGGUUGAUCGCGAGCCUAUCACCAGGCUAGUUAGUUGUAAGUCAGGAGUGUUCGUGGAAAGUGAGAGUUAAAAUUGGCACUGGAACGGGAAAAAUGUCGCAAAACUUUUUCAACUCUACGCGUAAAAUCAUUGGCGCUGGCGUAAACUAUAAAGAAAUCCUAAAGCUGACGAAUGCUGCCAAACCGGACAAUCCAGUGAUUUUCUUCAAGCCAAUUUCCUCGCUGAUAUCGACUGACGAGGACACCAUCAAGGUUCCCAAGGUCUUCGGUGCCAUCAACUACGAGGCCGAGCUCGGUGUGGUCAUCGGAAAGAAGUGCAACAAUGUCAGCCCGGAUCAGGCCAUGAACUACGUGGCCGGCUACUGCCUAGCCCUGGAUAUGACCGGCAUGGACUUCAUUCUGGAUGCCCGACCCAAGGGGCUUCCCUGGUGCUUGGGAAAAGGAUUCGACACGUCCACGCCGGUGAGCAGACUGAUCCCGGCGGAAGAGUUGGGAGAUCCGAACGAUGUGCGGGUGUGGUGCAAGGUGAACGACCAGCUCAAACAGGACGACCGGACGAGCAAUCUGAUUUUCACAAUAUCAGAACUGAUCGCCUACACGUCCAAGUACAUGACCCUGGAGGAGAAUGACCUAAUUCUGACUGGAACUCCCGCCGGAGCAGGACCCGUUCGGGAUGGAGACGUCCUCGAGUGUGGCCUUGGUGAUAUCGUUCAAAUGAAGUUCAACGUCAAGGAUGAGUAAAUUUUCACCGACAUUACGACGGAUGCCAUGUGCUUUGUUACAAAUUGAUAUCGUGGUCAGACCACUGGGAAUUGUUAUGCAUUUAGCCUAUUACACUGUUAUGUUUGUUUUGUAUGAUCAGAUUCUAAAUAACACAUAAGCUUUAUAUCACAA